AUGUCCGACUCAUGGGUUACGGAAAAUGCCACGACGAUAUCCGACUCCGUCUUCUCCAGCGGCUCCUCCUCGUCCGAGGACCUCAAAUUUUGCGACGCAGCAGACCUGAACGAGCUCGAUAAGGUCGAGCGACUUCGUCUGGUGUUUCCCAACUUCAAGGAGCACACCCUCAAGUUCGUUCUCAAGCAGAGCGGAGGCGACCUUGACACGGCCUUUGACGAUCUUUUGACGCGGCAACACCUCCACGAAACUGGCCAGCUGCCCAAGGGGCUGGAUGGGUUUUACGAGCCACAGGGCAGCACUGCAACCCGCAGAGGCAAGAACAAGUCCAAGGAUCAAGGAAGCAAGGGAAAGGCGAAACUUGCGCUGAACUACGCAGUGGUAUCACCGACAGUGGACAACGAGGAGUUGGAAGGGGCUAAGGGGCCCAUUCGACCCUCAGGAUUAACACAGCGCGGCAUAUCGAGUACACAGGUAGUUACCACCUCCAGUGUCGGUGUGAGGCGUCCCAGCCUGGUACCAAGCCCGGACAGCGAGUACGGAGUCACCAAUCUCUACGCCCAAGCUUCGGCCUUGGCUCGAAAGGGGCCAUUAGGGCGACAAGGCGCCAUUGUUUACACGGAGCGCGCCCGGGAAGAAGCCCGUGCCGCCGCAGAGAGGAUAUCGCUUGCAUCCGAGCAACUAGUCGACCAAAAGAGCACGUACUGCAGUAUUGAUCUCCACGGCGUCACAGUCAUUGACGGGGUUCGGAUCGCCAAGGACCGAGUCUGGCGGUGGUGGAACAAUCUGGGCGAGCAUCGCCAGUCCAAGGCCAAGUUGGAGGGAUUCACGGUGGUUACGGGUGUCGGUCGACAUAGUUCCGGUGGCGUCUCGCGCCUUCGCCAAGCUGUGGGUGCCGCUUUGAAGAACGACGGUUGGAAAGUCGACACGCUGACCGGCCAAUUCUACGUUACCGGGAGGGUUUGA